AUGUGGGCGUAUGAUCCUCUAGCCAUUGACGCUGUCUGCCCGAAAAAUACGGAAUACUGGCAACAUCCAUUCCUUGGCCGCUGGACAGGAAGCGAUCUCGGCCUUCCUGGUCCCUCAUCCAUGCAGUCUAUCCACCUAGGUUUGGCGGAGACAUCUGGCAGUUCCGGCACGCUUGUCGGAUAUGGUUGGAGCAGCCUCGGCCGAACGACAAUCUUUGGGCGCUUUGAUGAUUUGUUAGCCAGCGGCCGUACACGACUCAAGCUCGACUUCGACUUCGGACAGGAUUUGGCGCAGACGGGAAAACUUGCGGAAUGUAUCUUGCCUCGCUCAUCUCUGCUUGAGGGUUUCAAGAUGUCGUUCCGAGGGGAGUAUGAACACGGCGACGACGAGCACAUCACGGGCACGUGGGUGAUGUGGGCUUCGGACUGGAAGCCGGAGAAAGAGCCUCAGGUUGUCUUUCGCCGCGUACCAGACUGGAUGUUUGCCUAUCGCUCAAUCUAUGCCGAGCUCCUGGCGACCUCAUCUGCGUCCGGGCGAUGGAAGGCUGCGAUCCAAACUGUUCUGCGAUACGUUCGCCGCCGCGGCAUCUCCUGGGCGCAUCUCAAAGCACGCAGGGACGACCGUAGAAUGAUACUGACAUAUUUCUACCGCCUCGCCAAUAGCGUCCCACUAUCCGAAGAUGAGCUCGCUGCACUGCGCAAUCGCAUGGUCAUCCUCUCACCUGAGGAUGGCUGGUCUUAUCUUCAGCGCCUGAAGUGGGCUCAUCUUUGGACGCGAGUUCAUGCUUAUACGUGCAACCAUUGCGAGCAGGAGAUCGUUGGUGGCCGUCUUUACUGCGUCGAUUGUCAGAUCCCAGACAAUGUUCGCUCGAACUCUUUCGACCUGUGCGACAAACACGAGUGUAUCACUGGCUCUAUCGGGAUGUGGGCAAACGGCGGAGUAGUUCAAGGUCCCCAUGAGAGCUCACAUAGACUUGUGCUCUUCCGCCACACAGUGACACGCAUGUACUACGCCAACACGAUCGACAGUGCUCAAGGCUGGGCGAUCAACUUUGUGAAGCGGGUCAUGCCUACUAUUCAACGUCAGAACUCAGGAGAGCCUGCGGAGCCUGCCUCAACGACGUCGGCGGCGAGUUACACGUGCUCUGUAUGCCGAGGACCGCUCUAUGACCCGUUUUGGCUCUGCCUGUCGUUAAACUGCGAUGCUUCACGAGUGUUUACCUGCGAUGCUUGUGUCCACGGCGCCCCUUGCACCAAUCCUCGUCGUGAUGUCCAGUACAAGGUUUCACAUGAUAGCGAUAUUCUCGCAGCGAGCGAAGUCACAGUCGACACGGUACAUCCCGCCGAUCACCAUCUCCUUCGUUGCGCGUCCGACAUGAAACUAGACGGUCCUCCGGAGCGCCCUGAAUCUCCGGAAAGCGAUAACAUCGUCGUUUCGCAGCAUCUAGACUCACUCCGAGAGCAGCACUCGCAACUGGCCAAGGAGCACAACGAUCUCAUGGGAAAGCACACCGAGCUCAUGAGCAAGCAUACCCAGCUCAUGGAUGCCUACGAGCGCUUAUCCCAUCAUAUACUCGGCUCCGAUGCAAAGGCGCCAAUCACCGAGUCAAAAGCGGGAGCCGAGCAUAGCGCAUCCGUUGAAGCCCCAGGUGGCGUCAAUGGUGCAGACAUUGGCAGCGACUCAGAUCCCGCUGAGGCCGAACCUGCCUCUUCUAGUAGUGUUUGA